GGAAGCCCGACCGCGACAGCAGCGGGACAGGCGCUGAGCUGCCCCGGCACGGCCUCGCCUCCCGCUGCGCUCUGCCCUGCGCUGAGCCCGCCCGGCUGCAGCCGCACGCCCUGACUGCACGGGCCUGAGAUGGCAGAAGGCAAGUGCCACCCCCAGCCUGGGGACCUGAUUGAGGUCGACCGGACAGGUUACCAGCACUGGGCGCUCUACGUGGGGAAUGGAUAUGUCAUCCAUGUGACAGAUGAAGGAGCCACAUCCCUUACGCUUAGCAGCUCUUCAAUACGUGCCACAACGGCCAAGGUGAAGAAGCAGCUCCUGAAGGAUGUGGUGGGAAAUGAUAAUUGGCGUGUCAACAACAAGUAUGACCACUACUAUACUCCUUUCCCUGUGAAGAAGAUCAUCCAGCAUGCAGAGCAAUGGGUUGGCAGGGUGGUACCAUAUGAUGUGCUUAACAAGAACUGUGAGCACUUUGUGACAAUGCUUCGCUAUGGAGAAGGAGUCUCUGAUCAGGUCAGAAAUGCAGCUGCUGGCAGUGCUGCAGCUGCCGCAGCUGGUGUUGCUGGUGUUGCUGGAGCUAUCAGUGUUGCUGGUUUUGCUGGUGUUGCUGGUAUUGCUGGUGCUGCUGGUGUUGCUGCUGCUGCUGCUGCUGCUCUUGGGAUGGCAUUGUAUGAGACCGCAUCCAAGAAAUAGUGCUACUGAUGGGCUGUCAGGAAGAACUCAGAGCAAGGCAGGGGGAUCUCCUGGCCACAGUGGUCAUGGGUCAGCUUUUGCUACACCUGCCAUCAAGGCUUCCUACCAAUUGUGCCACCCUUGCUGUAAACAUUCAAUAAGCCUUAAUAAAAUGUCUGAAAUACA